GGCGGCGAGCGCGAGCGGGCGCUGCAGGGGCAAGGGGUCGCCCGCAGGGGGCGGCCAUCCCUGAGCCGCGUUAAACUGCACGGGUUGCGGCACAUGUGCGCCGGGCGCACGGCGGCGGGGGGCUCCUUCCAGCGACGGGCGCUCUGGGUGCUGGCCUUCUGCACGUCCCUCGGCUUGCUGCUUUCCUGGUCCUCGAACCGCCUACUCUACUGGCUCAGCUUCCCGUCGCACACGCGGGUGCACCGCGAGUGGAGCCGCCAGCUGCCCUUCCCCGCCGUCACGGUGUGCAACAACAACCCGCUGCGCUUCCCGCGCCUCUCCAAGGGGGACCUCUACUACGCCGGCCACUGGCUCGGGCUGCUGCUGCCCAACCGCACGGCGCGCCCGCUGGUCAGCGAGCUGCUGCGAGGGGAUGAGUCGCGCCGCCAGUGGUUCCGCAAGCUGGCCGACUUCCGCCUCUUCCUGCCGCCGCGCCACUUCGAGGGUAUCAGCGCCGCCUUCAUGGACCGCCUGGGCCACCAGCUGGAGGACAUGCUGCUCUCCUGCAAGUACCGCGGGGAGCUCUGCGGCCCGCACAAUUUCUCCUCCGUGUUUACAAAAUAUGGCAAGUGUUACAUGUUUAACUCAGGCGAGGAUGGCAAACCUCUGCUUACCACAGUCAAGGGGGGAACAGGCAACGGGCUGGAGAUCAUGCUGGACAUUCAGCAAGAUGAGUACCUGCCCAUCUGGGGAGAGACAGAGGAAACGACGUUUGAAGCAGGAGUGAAAGUUCAGAUUCACAGUCAGUCCGAGCCACCUUUCAUCCAAGAGCUGGGCUUCGGGGUGGCUCCAGGGUUCCAGACCUUCGUGGCCACACAGGAGCAGAGGCUCACGUACCUGCCCCCACCGUGGGGUGAGUGCCGCUCCUCAGAGAUGGGACUCGACUUCUUUCCUGUUUACAGCAUCACCGCCUGUAGGAUUGACUGUGAGACACGCUACAUCGUGGAGAAUUGCAACUGCCGGAUGGUUCACAUGCCAGGAGAUGCCCCUUUCUGUACCCCCGAACAGCACAAGGAGUGUGCAGAGCCUGCCCUAGGUCUGCUAGCGGAAAAGGACAGCAAUUACUGUCUGUGCAGGACCCCCUGCAACCUGACCCGCUACAACAAAGAGCUCUCCAUGGUGAAGAUCCCCAGCAAGACGUCAGCCAAGUACCUCGAGAAGAAAUUUAACAAAUCGGAAAAAUAUAUCUCAGAAAACAUUCUUGUUCUGGAUAUAUUUUUUGAAGCUCUCAAUUACGAAACGAUUGAACAGAAGAAGGCGUAUGAAGUUGCUGCCUUACUUGGUGAUAUUGGUGGUCAGAUGGGAUUGUUUAUUGGUGCUAGUAUCCUUACAAUACUAGAGCUCUUUGAUUAUAUUUAUGAGCUGAUCAAAGAGAAGCUAUUAGACCUGCUGGGCAAAGAGGAAGAUGAAGGGAGCCAUGAUGAGAAUGUGAGCACUUGUGACACGAUGCCAAACCACUCUGAAACCAUCAGCCACACUGUGAACGUGCCCCUGCAGACGGCCCUGGGGACCUUGGAGGAGAUUGCCUGCUGACAGCCCUCAGACAACCCAGCUCCCCCAAACAGACCUUGAGGCCCAAGACCCAACACAGGGGACAGCAAGCUCAGGUGGGAUGGCCCCUGAAGACAGAAAGAAGCAAGAGCGCCCUAUGCACACAUAGCAAACUAUCUGCCAAAACCUCGCUAGAGCCACGUCCGACAUGAUGCGUCCUCGGGCCACCGCGUCCUUCCGAGGAGAGCCACGUCACUCGGGAACUGUCCACGAACCAACCUGCCAUCACAUCUCACUGCCAGAUGUAUAAAGCGCUUGCAUGCUCAGACUUCUGACGGCGCCACCGCCACGUCUGUCUCUGUCCAUGACAUUCCUCUACGUGGUUUCCAGCUCUCGCUCUGCUGCCUGUGACAACGGAAGGGACCUGGUUCCAGCCCCAAAGUCACUGUCAGGCCCAGCUGGAAAACUGCACAAGCAAAGGGGGGAAACCGGCAAACUCUUUAAUCUGUCCCGUCCUUGUGUAGUUCGUGAAGGUUCUUAACCAGGAGGGCCUGGCCACGGCCCUGCCCACAACCCUCUUCCCCUCUGCUGGCCCAGGGAGCUUCGGCCUCAAAGAUGCCCAGCACCCACCCUGCCCUAUGGCCUGGGUGACACCUACUUAUGCCCACGGCCCCCACCUCAUCCCUCUCUCCCUGUGAACAGCCUGUACAGUCUGAUUCUUUUUAUCUGGGGGGCUUCUUCUGUUUGUCUGUUGGAGAUUUCGUUUUUGUUUUGUUUUCUGACUUUCUGUUUUGAUGUUCAGAGAUUUCUUUUCAUCUUGGUUUUCCAUUUUCUUUGGCAUUUAUUUAUUCGUGCUUCAAAUCACAGUCAUAUUAAAAGCUGGUCUUGUGG